AUGACUGGGGGACUGGGGGUUCUGCAGCCUGUGCGACCUGAUGCAUUCGGGAGAAUCACAGUUCGAGAGCGAUGCUUGUUCAGGCGAGCGCAGAUGGGUCAUCACACCUUCGCGAGUAGUCAUGUCAACAUGUCCUCGGGCAGAAAGCAAACGGUGGUCGGAGUCGGCGGCCUACAGGCAGGCAGUGAGAUGGGACAAAGAGUGAUUGUCAACCUGACUCAUUGGUCUGUCGGAGGGCACGAACAGCAGACUUCGGCAACGGAGUCAUCGAGUCCCUCCGAACGGCCAAGACGAACCGGUGAACCGGUCGCUGCUACAGCCCGAAGGGGCGAGCAACGUCGGCUGUACAACCCGGAGGCGCCAGCAACAAUGUGUCGAGGAAUUGUUGGAAAACUCGCUUUUCUACCUUUUGACACGAGUCCCGAACCUAUCCUCACCAUCAAUUCGAGGCUUCUGGACUCGACCGGUUGCGAUGGUGCGGAUGCGGUAGCAACGACGCCGAUUGGCCGACGCAGCGGCUGCCCGGGAUCUCGGACCAAUGGACCAACGUCACCUCGACCGGAUCAUCGCCAUUCCGCCGUCUCUGCUCGCUUCGACGCGACCGGGCUCGAGUCCCGAGACCGGAGCGGACCUGACCUUGUCUAA